AAAUUAUUACCUGUAUAGAUCACAUUGAAUAUGCGUUCACGAACUCCCUAUUUUAAUCAGAACUACGCUCGCCAUCUCUAUACUCGGGGUUAUGGCACCCGAGGCUUUGGGCGGUUCGCCAAGGUUGCCAUUGUCGGAACUGGUGUCUACUUUGUCUCCAAGAAGUUGUUCUAUCAAUGGCAUGCCCGUCUUCAGAAUCCACAAUUAAAUGUGGCUUGAGCUAUUGGUUAUUGAACUCGAUGGCGCUAGCGGAGGAUGAAUUUAGAGUUCGGAUCUGCAGGUUAGAACAUUAGUGCCCGGACUACAGGUUUCUUGUAAUAGAUGCUUUGCAAUAAUUUGGGAUCGUCAUUCAAUGAUAUACACUGUUACCCUAAUAAAUGUG